AUGUCAAGGUCAUCCACCCCAAUGUUUAUAUUUUCGGCAGCUAGACGGUAUUUUAGCUUACAGUCGAAAUAUAUGCUAGAGGAAUUAUGCAUACUUGUGGAUGAAUCUGACCAUGUUUUAGGAUUCGCUGACAAGAAGGGUUGUCACGAGGUGUUAGGCGGAAAAUCUUUAUUGCAUCGAGCUUUUAGCUUAUUUCUUUUUCGUGAAGAUACAAAUGCUAGUAAUUCAGAUAGGAGUUUGAAGCUACUGGUUCAGAAACGUUCUGCAAAUAAACUAACAUUUCCGUCUUUAUGGUCAAACACUUGCUGCAGUCAUCCUAUCAGAAACUUCCCAGAUGAAAUGGUUGAAUUAGAUGCAUUUGGAGUGAAAAGGCUGCCCAGCGGAAGGAUCAACUUUCUGGGUCGAGUACUUUAUGCCGCACCGAACGAGCCUUUUACUGAGAAUAAAUUUGCAGAAAAUGAAGUGGACUAUAUUCUCGUUAGCGUGCUGGAUCCUGCGAUGACUCAUAAUCUUUUGGAUACAGAUAUCAUAAAAAUCAAUCCUGAUGAAGUAAGCGAAGUGCGUUGGAUGUCUUUGGAUGAUUUUGAAAAUGUGGAACGUUAUUCACUGAGUAAUAUGAAUCUACCGAAAACUUCAGAAUCGUCAUUUUGUAAAUCAAACAUCACUCCUUGGUUGCGCGGUCUUCUCACAAGUGGGCUUCUACGCAAAAUAUGGAGUUGGGCAGAAGCUUCAUGCAGGGACCAGCUGCAGAACGGCUUUGUGCUUGAGGAUAAUUCCUGGAUCGAAACAGAAUCGUACAUUUAUCUCCUAAAGAUGUACAGUAAUGUGUAUCACUUGGUGUAUUGUCGAAAUCUUAUUUCAAUAUAA